AUGCAAUCACCUCCACCAGAGAACAGAACUGAUGUUAAAGCAAGUCGUGAGCUAUCCGAAUCUUUGCAUGCGAAUGUUAAUCGAAAACUUAUUGGCAGUUUUACGGGAACUGAAAAAGAAGAGUUGGUCAAAGCCAAUUCGACAGAGAUUCCAAUAACUACUUAUACGCCCGUAAAUGCUGACAAAACGAAACUUGUCAUCUUUUUUCAUGGUGGAGGUUGGACUGUAAAUAGUCGACGUACACAUCAGACAAUGCUGAAUAUGAUUGCAGAUGCAACAAAAUCCGUGUGGAUUAAUGUCGAAUAUCGUCUGGGACCAGAAUAUAAGUUUCCUAUUUGGUGGAACGAUGUUCUUGAAGUCACGAAAUAUAUUAUAGAAAAUAAACAAUCUUAUGGUUGUGUCGAUGUAUCAGCUAAAGUAGGCGUUGCUGGUGAAAGUUGUGGCGCUUCAAUGAGUGCUGCACUAUGUCACACAAUAAAAGAUCUUGAUUUUCAGAUCUUAAUCUAUGGUAUUUUUGAUCUACAUCGAACUACGCCAUCGUUCAAAGAAUUUGUUCAGCCAAUGUAUUUCCUCACACCUGAAACAUUGGAUUGGUUGGAAUCGUCUGCGUUUCGUGAUAAGAAUGAUUUGAAUGAUUCUCGUGUUUCCGUAAUGUUAAGUCAUUCGUUUGAUGGUUUACCACCUUGUUUGUUCAUCGUUGCGGAAUUAGAUCCAUUACGCGACGAUAGUUACGCGUACCAAAAACUUCUUGAUAAAGCCGGGGUGAAAACCAACUUGGUAUUGGUCAAAGGUGUUCUUCAUGGAUUCUUCUCUGUACCAGUUUAUAUCGUGGCGUUUCACGCCAUAGUUUCGGGUCAUUUUCAACAGCGUAUCGAUAUGUCGAGAAAUUCCAAACCAGUAGUUAAUAAUCUAACUCGAGUGUUGAUUAUUGGUGCUGGUCUGUCUGGUCUCGAAGCUGCUCGAAUCUUAGAACAGAAACGGAUUCCAUAUGUCUUAUUAGAAGCACGAAAUCGUUCCGGUGGUCGUGUUUGGUCUUAUCGUUCUCGGUCAGGUCAUAUGCUCGAUAUGGGUGCGACUUGGAUUCAUGGUAUUCACGGGUCAAUUCCAAGUGGCUUAUUAACAAAUCCUUUGUGGGAUCUUGCACGAGAAGCUAAACUUCCAACGCGAGCAACACAACUUGAUGAUGUUCUGCAAAUAUUUCCUGCCAAUGACAAUGUAUCCGAUGUUCAUCAAUGGUUUAAUGAUUAUAUUGAUUUUGUACGAGAACAAACACGAGGGAAUUCAACAAAUCGUUCGCUUGGUCAUUACGCAAAUGUAUUUGUUAAGAAAAUGAAUUUGAAUAGGAAAGAACAAUAUGCUUUUUAUAGUUAUUUGAAUCAUGUUGUUGAAAAUACGGAAGGAGCAGAACUGAAUGAAAUUGGUGCCAAAAGUUUUCUCGAUCUCACAUCGGUUUAUUACGGCGAUGAACUGAUUUUUCGCGAUAAUGGUUUUAUGUCUUUGACAAAUUAUCUAUUGAAGAAGAUUUCAAAUAUUCGAUUUAAUCAAAUCGUUUCAAAAGUCAUCUUUCAUGAUCAAUCAGUCGAAGUCAGAACAAACACUGGACAAAUUUAUCACGCUGAAUAUGUUCUUCUCACGGUUCCAUUAGGAGUUUUAAAGAGAAAACUGAUUGAAUUCUCUCCACCAUUACCAAAAUGGAAAACUGAUGCAAUUGAUCGAAUAGGAUUUAACAUUUUUGAAAAAGUUUUUCUCGUCUGGAACUCUGCUUGGUGGAAUUCAAGUCAAUUCUAUUUCACACGUAUUUCAUCAACUCCAACACGAAUGAAUUAUUGGGUUAAUGAAAACAAAUGGAAUGAUAAACCUGCUCUCAUCUGUUUUUUCUCGGGAAAUACAACACCACAAUACUUAUCAGUGCAAAAUCGAAGCAUCUUAGUCAAAGAACUUUUAGAAACUUUACAAGGGAUGUUUCCAGGUUCAACAAUUCCUCAACCCACCGAAGUUCAUGUCACAAAUUGGUAUAAUGAUCCAUUUACUUAUGGUUCAUAUUCAUAUAUUUCAACACAACAAACUUAUGAUGAUCCAAUUUCUUUGUCGGAACCAGUUCACAAUCGACUUCUGUUUGCAGGAGAAGCAACAAAUAUUGACACGUAUGGUUAUGCACAUGGAGCAUUGUCAAGUGCACGAAGAGAAGUUGCGCGUCUUUUAUAUAUUUAUAAUCUAUUUUCAAUGAGAAAUCAAUAA